AUGAAUACAACAAAAUUAGAAUUAACAAAAACAAAUAAAAACGAAAUAUUAACAAAAUAUAUUCCAACAAAUAGUACACUUGAUGAUAGUGAAGAAGAAAGUAUUGAAAGUAAUAUAGUUAAUGGAGAAAAUCAAUCCUCAGUGUUAUAUUUAUUUAUUAAACGUUAUAUGCAACAAUUAAAACUUGUAUUCCAAUCAAUAAUACCUGAUAUAAAAGAUUUUAAAUAUUGGCAAAUUCUAAUAUUUACUCUCUUUGCUGCGUUCAAUGUUGUUUUUUCCAUAUUGGAUUUUAAUUCGUUUUUUUCACACGAACGAACACGUUCGUUAUUAAAAUGGAUUAAUGAUUUAAAUGAUGGUGUACCAUUAUGGCGUCGUAUUUUAUUAUGUUUUUCUGGUAUAUCAGCAUUUACAAAUGUUUUAUAUGUUAUACUUGUAAUAUAUGGUAAGAUUUCAUCAUUUUUUUGGGGUAUAACCGGUGCGAUUCUAUAUGGUAUUUAUGCUUUUGCUUAUGGUUAUGUUGGUGAUGCACAAUUAUUUUUAUUCUUUUUUUUACCAAUGCAAUUUGUUGGAAUAUAUUUAUGGUCAAAAGAAUUAGAUAAUAAAUCUACAACACGUGUUAAAUCAUUAAAAUUUAGUGGUUGGAUAGUUGUUGGUUUUUUAAGUUUUUUUCUAGCCUUUUUAUUUUAUUAUGAAAUUCCAAUGUUUUCGAAAUAUUUAACAUCAUCAUACUUAUUUGAAAGACGAUCUAUACCACACCUAUUUGAUGCAAUAACAAAUGGACUAAAUGUUAUUGGACAAUGUUUACUAAUAGCUUGUUAUUGGGAACAAUAUAUUAUAUGGAUAUUUGUUAAUUUAAUGUCAAUUAUUAUGUAUAGUGGUAAAGAAAAAAAAAAUCUAUGA